AUGUCCAGCUCAUAUUUUACUCCCGCGAGGCCUCCUCCAGACGGAUUGGUCUCUAACUUCGUGAACCCCACUAGCUGCGGUACCAAGUUUAUUGUCGUGAAUUGCAUUUUCCUACCAAUUGCCUUUCUUUCCAUAGCAAUUCGCGUGUGGACUCGCACGUUCGUCACGCUGGUUGAACUGGGGAUGGGGCGGCACAUGUGGGAUGUCCUCAUGAGCAACUACUCACCAAAGCUUCUCCAGCUUAACCUUUCCGCUGCGAUCUUUUACAAUGCAGGAACUGGGUUUCUAAAGGUGUCUGUUUUGCUUUUCUACAUACGCAUUUUCCCCAGUAGCAAUCUCCACAUUGCUGUUUGGGUACUUAUUUUCAUUGCAGCGGGAUACAAUAUCGCGGGGGUGCUGGCCAAUAUAUUCAGCUGUAACCCCAUUAACAAAACCUGGGACGUGCACAUCUUUUACGGCACGUGCAUAAAUAGACCUGUCUUCUACUUUGUCAACGCUGGUCUAGGCAUUGUCACGGACUUUGCCACGACCAUGGAUACGGCCGUUACAAAUGCCGUCCCGACAGAAGAUUGCUAUUUUUUGUAUUCUAGCUAUGGGAUGCUUGUGAGUUCAGCGCAAAGUCUGUGGUCUACAUCCGUUCUGAUUAAUAUAGCUUCGUAUUCUGAAAUGGCGCUGACAAAAUCAGGGACCUCCGUCGAGGCUUUACUCUGGUGCCUUAUUGAACUUGACCUGGGAAUAACCGGAGCCUGCUUGCCAGCCAUGAGACCAUUUGUUCGAAAGUAUUUCCCCCGACUGCUAGGUCUAUCAGCAAACAGUAGUAGCGGCGACCACCAUCCUUCGCCGUACGAUCAGAACUUGUAUCUCCUCCACCCGGUUUCACGCACUAGACAAGCAGCACUUCUGUAUCCGAAUUACCAAUAUCCCCUCCCCAGGACCAACGGAAAAUCUUUGAGCCAAGAACAGAUCUUCCCACAGGCAGCAGAGUGA